AUGGCUGCCAGACGUGCUCAUAUUGAGGAUGACCUUUCCUGCCCAGUUUGUGGUCAUAUUCAGUGGUGCUCACUUGCAGGCACAGAUUCUGCAAAGCCUGUUUGAAAGACAGCUGGGAGACUCAGGGCAGCGGGGAUUCACAUUACUGUCCUCUUUGCUGGCGCCGUUCCUCCAUGGAUCAAAUCGUGGUUAGCUCUGCGCUGGAGAAGACCUGUGAAUCCUUCAAGGUGGACAGGAGCAAGAAUGACCCAGAGGCUUGUGAGGAGCAUGGAGAAAAGCUCACUUUGUUCUGUUUGGAGGACUUGGAGCCAAUCUGUGGUUUAUGUGGGAAAGGAGCCGCACACACCGGGCACAGGCUCUAUCCCAUUGGUGAAGGUGCUCAUGACUGUAAGGAGGAACUGAAGAGUGCACUGCUGCCUUUGAAAGAGAAGUUGCAGGCGUAUAAGAAAGCAAAAACGGCUUGUGAGGAUAUGGCAGAACAUAUCAAGAGCCAGGCUGAACAUACCGAAACACAGAUCAAGGAGGAAUUUGAAGCCCUGCACAUUUUCCUGAAGGAGCAGGAGGCUGCCAGACUUUCUGCGUUAAAAGCUGAGAAGGAACUGAAGAACCUGGAGGUUAACCAGAGGUUUGAGGAUAUGAAUCAUGAAAUUGCAUCUCUCUCAAACACCAUCAGAUUAGUGGAAAAGGAGAUGAACUCUAAAGAUGUCCCAUUUCUUAAGAAUUACAAGGAAACAAUAAGGAGAACCUGGCGAACUCCCCUUGAACCCCAAAAUGUACCUGGUGCUCUAAUUGAUGUGGCCAAGCACUUGGGCUCUUUGAAGUUUAGAGUGUGGGAGAAGAUGAAGAAUAUAGUUAAAUAUAAUCCUGUGAUUCUGGAUCCUAACACAGCGGCCAGCUGCUUCAUCCUCUCAGAGGAUCUCACAGUUGUGCAGAACUCUACCCAGAUUUUCAAGCUGCCUGACAACCCAGAACGCUUCGACAUCAGUGCUGAGAUGCUGGCUGCUGGGGGGUAUACCUCUGGACGCCACAGCUGGGAUGUAGAGGUGAAGAACAACACCUAUUGGGUGAUGGGAGUAGCCAGCGACUCCAUCAACAGGAAGGGCAAGCACGUGUUGACACCAGCAGAGGGAUUCUGGACUAUAAGGUUUCGCAACGGUGAGCACAAGGCCUGCACAGCACCGUGGGAGCCGCUGAACAUGACUAAGGUGCCAGAAGUGAUAAGAGUCGUUUUAGAUAUGGACAGGGGCAAGGUGACCUUCUAUGACCCUCGAGAGAGAGCACCGCUCUACACCUUCACUGGGAUCAUAUCACCCAGAGCCUUUCCCUACUUCUGCUCUGCCUGCAAAGAGCAUCCGCUGAAAAUCCUGCCCACAAGAAUAUUAUUGUCAAUGGAUUAAUCCUUUAUUUUGGUGACAUAUUGCCAAAGGUUUGUAAUAAAGUUAUAAAAAAAGGACAGAAUGGCUGCUUAGGCAUGUUGAAUAUAUUUUUUUCUAUUUUAAAAAGAGGCGAUUGUGGGAAAUUACAGCACUACAUUUCAAAGAGAGCAAAUCAGAAAUGCAGCUCGAUCUUUCUUUUAGAUAAAUGACAUGAAACAAACUUGUUUUAAAAUAUUUAAUUAGAGUUACAACAAAAUAUGUAGUCUUGGAGAUGUGAAAUUGUAAAUAGCUUUAAACACCCAUAUAUUACACUCAUAAGAUUUGUUUUAUAAAAUGACACUUGUGGCUCAGCUUUGCAUGGCAAAAAAAUCACUCGUGAUUACCACAACCUGUUGAGCUCCUUUCUAAGAAAAGCUAAUUAAAAAAACAAACAUUUGAAACACACAUCUGAUAUUUCACAUAAGGCACAUACUGUCACAACCUUCGUGUAUCUGCAAACAAGUGCCAGUUUUGUUCAGAGGUUUAAAUAUGACAUAAGUGAGAUUAGUUUUCCUUUAAAAAGAGUCUACGGUUAGUGCUUUAUCUAGCAGCUGCAUGUGGAAGUCUGGCCUUCAGCUUCAUCCAAACACACAUCAGUAACUCCAUAGCUCUACACUCAAGUAUUGCUUGAACCUACACAUAAUUGUUCUUUAAGCCUUCUUCAUAUAUGGGAAUAUACCCUGUAACAGUUUGACUUGAUGCUACCGCAUGUAUCGUACUUCAAAUCCGUUGUGUGCUAUACCCACUCUGUGCGGUGAUGCUUAAAGGCUUUUUGAGGUGUCCAUGUAUAAUUAUUACACAACAAAUUAUUAAAGGAAAUAAAUGCCCUUACAUUAUU